UAGGCCAAAAGGCUCCCGGUUGCUUAAAUCAACCUCUUUAUGGCAGCUGCCAUUCUACCAAGCUGGCGUGGUUUUUCGACAAUAAAGUCGGCCGCUGCAAAAUGUUCCGCCAAGGCGAGUGCGGAGUGGGUGGAAACUAUUUCGCAAGCGAAGUAAAGUGCAUGCAAGAGUGCCUUCGUAUUGGCAAUCCAGAGCCCGUCUGCAGUGCCAAACCAGUAUCAGCAUACUGUAUGGGUUAUGGCACGCACUGGUAUUUCGACCAAACCAAAAACAACUGCUAUCGUUUCAGUGGUGGCUGGUGUGGAAAAAAUGCAAAUGGAUUUAAGUCCCAUUUUCUCUGCAUGGAUUAUUGCAGCUAUCCAGAUGCAAGAGACUUCCCGUUGCAAUCUAAAAACAACAAUACAUACCCUGUGCAGCAGUUGCAGCAGCAAGUAAAGGGGCCUGGACGGUAAAUGUCUCAGAAGAUCUCCCUACACCUAAGUCGUUGCACAACUGG